AUGCAAGGAACGAGUUCUUCAUCUCAGAAUGCGCUCUACGAGCGAUGCCUUAAUGGGGCGAGGGCUGCCAAGGAUGAGGGGAACGCCGCCCUUAAAGAUGGAAAGCUGCGCGCAGCAGCGUUUAACUACAAAAAAGCAAAUUUAUAUCUGGCUGAGUAUAUUCAGGAUGAUAAUAAACUUGCAGGGGAAGGUCUUGUGAAUGCACUAUGCAAACAACGAGACUCAGCACGGCGUUCGCUUAGUCCAGAGCGCUUAGCUGAACUUAUGGAACUAUACGCCGCCGUUCAGAACAAUCUGGCUCUUGUGAAUCUUAGACUUGGUCGUUACCCAGAGGGAGUGCGCUCUGCGACAGUUGUUCUCUCAAUCCCUGAGCACGCUGCGAACACCAAGGCCCUGCUUCGGCGCGCCAGUUGCAACUUACACCUCGGAAACUUAGAGAAGGCGGAAAGUGACCUUGACGCGGUGGAGCGUCACUCUCAGAUGACAGGAGCGGGUCCCGUGGAUCCUGCAGUGGUCAAAUUGCGUGCUGAGAUAGCAGAAGCUAAAAAAGAAGCGGAGCGGAAGCAACGUGAUAUGUGUAAAAGGAUGUUUGUAUCGUAA